CAUUUCCGGUUUGUUUUCGUGCACAGCUGUCACGAAGCUGUCCUUGGUAGAAUUUUGCGAAUGUAAAUCUGGCUACACUUAAUACUGUGGCUGUCUGGUUGUCAAACAAAGAGAAAAUAUCUAUUUUUUUCCUAAAAAUCUAUUGUAUUUUGUGCUUUCUAUUAUUUUUACGCGUCAAGAUCGCAUAAUCAACCAGGCAAACUGGAUUGAAGAAAAUGAUGGAUUCGGACUCGUCCGGCGCGGACUUCUGCCGGUUCUGUCGGUCGGAGGCAUCAUCCGACAGGCCUCUGUUCCAUCCUUGCAUCUGCACGGGCUCGAUAAAAUGGAUCCACCAGGAGUGUUUAGUGCAGUGGAUGCGAUACUCCAGGAAGGAGAUUUGCGAGUUGUGCGGUCACCGGUUCUCGUUUAUGCCGAUAUACUCGCCGGACAUGCCUCGCAGACUGCCUAUCCGCGACGUGGUGGGCGGGCUGGUGACGUCCGUCGCGUCUGCCGUUAAAGACUGGCUGCACUACACCCUGGUCGCGCUCGCCUGGCUCGGGAUCGUGCCGCUCACCGCCUGCAGAACCUACCGCUGCCUGUUCUCGGGAUCCCUAGACCCAGUGAUUUCAUUACCCUUUGACAUAGUAUCAGCUGAGAAUCUUGCUAAGGAUGUGUUUUCCGGUUGUUUUGUUGUGACAUGCACACUAUUCUCCUUCAUUGGACUUGUAUGGCUGAGAGAGCAAAUAAUGCAUGGUGGUGGUCCUGACUGGAUGGAGAGAGAAAACUUGCCAGCACCUCCCCCUGAGGACUUGCCACUGCAGGAUAAUAAUAAUGAUCGUGUGAAUAAUGGGGCUGGAGAUGGUGAAGUUGGGCUCAGAGAUGAAGUGAAUGGGGAAGUUGGUGAAGAUGCUCUAGUUGGUGACGAAGCGAACUGGAACCCUAUGGAGUGGGACCGAGCUGCUGCUGAGGAGCUGACAUGGGCCCGCCUGCUGGGGUUGGAUGGUUCUAUGGUGUUUCUGGAGCAUGUAUUCUGGGUUGUGUCCCUAAAUACAUUGUUUAUUGUGGUGUUUGCCUUCUGUCCGUACCACAUUGGGAGGUUGGGGGCUGCUAUGGCAGGAUUGACAGCUGAAGGUCCAUUUGCUGGGCCCCUGACAGCUCUGGCAGGCUAUGUGUUGGUGGGAGCAAUUCUGGCAGUGCUGCAUGGGAUGGCCUCUCUGCUGCGUCUACGAAGUGCUAAGAAGGCACUGGGAUUCUGUUACGUGGUUGUGAAGGUUGCAUUGCUAUCUGUGGUUGAGAUUGGAGUAAUUCCCCUUGUUUGUGGCUGGUGGCUCGACCUUUGCUCGCUGUCAAUGUUCGAUGCCACCCUGAAGGACCGUGAGUCAAGCUUACAAGCAGCACCAUGGACUCUCAUGUUCAUUCACUGGCUGGUCGGCAUGGUCUAUGUGUACUACUUUGCGUCAUUCAUUCUUCUGUUGAGGGAAGUUCUUAGACCUGGCGUGUUGUGGUUCUUGAAGAAUUUGAAUGAUCCUGACUUUAGUCCUGUGCAGGAAAUGAUCCACCUAUCCGUCUGGUCGCACAUUCGUCGCCUCGUGGUGUCAGCUAUGAUCUUCGGCACAGCAGUACUCUUCAUGCUGUGGCUACCCAUCAGAGUGAUCAAAUACGUACUCCCCGGAUUCCUGCCUUAUGCCGUCGCCGUUCACACUGACGCUCCGGUCAAUGAACUCAGCUUGGAACUGCUGUUGCUUCAGGUGAUCCUCCCAGCUUUACUAGAACAGUCCCACACUCGUACCUGGCUGAAGGCAGGCGUCCGUGCGUGGUGUGCUUGUGCUGCCGGAGCCCUAGGGCUGCGGUCUUACUUGUUAGGCGAGAUGAGACAUGACCAGCCGAUGCCCCACCCACCAAGACCGCCGCAUCAACUUGGAGCUGCUCAUCAGGCAUUAAUGCGUCGCGACGGCCCCGCCGGCUUCGAGCCUUAUGUCCGAGUGUCAUGGUUCCCGGUUCGUCUCGGCGCCUUGUUGAUCCUCGUCUCCAUCUCGCUGGUGCUAGCCAGCGCGUUGACUCUCGUAAUCCCUGUCGCUAUUGGAAGGCGAGUAAUGGCAUUGUGGCUGCCAAAGGCAUCAGACGGCGUUCACGAACUUUAUACAGCUGCUUGUGGCAUGUACGUAUGCUGGGCUGUUGGUCGUGGUGGUACUCUCGCCGCCGGCUGGGCCCGCGGGGGCCGAGCCCUGCUGGCUGCCCGAGCCGCGCUGUGGGCGCGAGUAGCGGCCCGGGCGGCGCUGGCCGCGCUCGCUUUGCUGGGGCUCGUGCCGCUCAUGUUCGGCUUGUUGUUGGAGCUGGUACUAGUAAUCCCUCUCCGAGUGCCGAUCGAGCAAUCCCCCGUACUAUUCGUGUGGCAAGACUGGGCGCUCGGCGUCUUAUACACGAAGAUAGUCUGCGCUCUAACUAUGAUGGGCCCUGACUGGGCCAUGCGACGAGCUAUAGAGAAGGCCUACAGAGAUGGCAUUAGAGAAAUGGAUCUUAAGUUCAUUCUCCGCGAAAUCGCAGCCCCUUGUGUUUGCUGGCUGGGCCUAGCGCUAGCAGUGCCGUACGCACUAGCGCACUCGAUCCUGCCGCUGGCGGUGAGCGCGCCGGCGCAGCGCAACUUGCUCGCGCGACGCGUGUAUCCCGCGCUGUUGCUCACUGCGCUAGUCGUUGCCCUUACCGUCUUCCAGAUACGCCAAUUCCGCAAACUCUACGAGCACAUAAAGAACGACAAGUACCUCGUGGGCCAACGCCUCGUCAACUACGACCACCGGCGACACAAACAGCAACAGAGCACCGUCCCCGCCAACUGAACCGUGACGUCAUACCCGUGACGUCACCACGUCACCGCGUCACUCGUGACAGAGCGUGUGAUAGACACCAACGAUCUCUGUAAUUAUAAAAACCCUUCUUAUAAGCGAAACUUUUUAAAUAGGGAUUCUCCGUCUUUUGUUUUUUUUUUUAACAUUUUUCUCGAACAUUAUAAAGAUUAAUAAUGUUAAAUUUCGAUAUUACAUCCUUGUAAUGCUCGCCAAAAAAUGCUGAACUAAGUACCGUAAUAUCGAGGUACGGAGUUAUACUUGAAUUAGUCGAUAUUCACUAUGUCUUGUAAAUAAAAAUGUUUUAGUCACUAAACUUUUAACCCACGUAAUAUUGGCAUUCCUUGUAUAGAAACAUUAGAUCUCAUAGCCACGCUAUUUAUUGGAGCCAAGCUUAGUAAAUAGCACAAUGUGAAUCGUCUCUUCACACCGCCUCUGUCACGAACCGGAAUGUUUUUCUAAGUAUAAGUAUCGAUAUUCAUUCGAUUAUUUUUGACUAUUCUUAAAAACAUGUGGAACGUUUACCAAAAAUGGCUAAAGAGAACACUAAAUGUUAGAAAUGCGAUACGAGAAUCGGUAAUCGAAUAAUGUUUAGUCGAUUAAUAGAAUUGACGACCAUUAUGAAAAAAUAUCGAUUUAAAAUCGGUAAAUAUUUAAUUGCACGACAAUGAUGAGUAAUCGAUUAAACAUUAAUCGAUUGAAAAUGAAUCGUUCGCAUUUAUUUUAAGUCAAUCGGCAUGAAAUUUAUUUUUAUGUAAAAAAAAGAUUAUAAAUAUUUUAAAAGACACGAAAGUGAGAGAAUCGGGUUUAUAUCGACUGGACACAAUUUUUCGCCACAUGUAACUUUUUAAGUACAAUUAUAAGGGGAGUGGGGUGCACACAGUAAAACAAACGCUCCAGAAACAUCCAAGUUGAGCAAUUUUCAACUUUAUGGAUUAAGUAAUGAGAUUGAAAAUUGAUUGACCUAGAAUUUCACUUGCGUACGUGAGGCCAUUUCUAAUACAUAGCGUGAACUCUGAUAACAUACAAUUAUUAAGGUCACAGAGCGUCAUGGUAAAAUAAUAUUACAUGUUCGCCUUGGAAGCUGUUUUUAAGUUACUCAGAGUUGAAGCAGUCAUAAUAAUUUCUAAUGCCUUUAUUUCUUCUAAUCAAUGUUUUCAUUAUAAAGUAUUAGGAUUGUUUGCUAUAGAUUCGAACCUGCUCCCAAUCUUGCAGCAUUUCUUCUAUAUAAGUCGCUUUAUCAUUGUGCAAGUAACGAGCACGCAGUAACGAAUCACACAUUUUCUUAGAAUUAUUUUACUUGUUAUAAUUAUUGUAAUAUUCUGGCCUUAAUUUUUUGCAAGGUCGACAUGUUAAUUUGCCAAUGUAUAUUAUAAAUAUAAAGUUAUAAAUAAAUGCGCUUCUGUUGUAA